UAUAUCGAAUUGAAAUCACUCUCAUCAGCUGUGUGGGUGAAAUCAGAUUUUUUUUUUUUAGUAUUUAGAAAAUAUUUAUUUAUUUGAUCCAAAUGGAUCAAAUGGAAAUGAAAUUGUUUCGCCAUGCAUACACCGCCAUCAUCAUCAUCAUCAUCAUAUUGACUUUGAUUAUGCGGCCAUGUAUGAUUUCUAGUCAACAACAUCAUGAUCAAAUGGUUAAUGAUUUUUUUAACCGAAAUAACGCCGACAAUGAUCCGAAUCAAUCAAAACAUACGAAUAAUUGGGCAGUGAUUGUUGGUGCAUCAAGAUUUUGGUUCAAUUAUCGUCAUGUAGCGAAUGCAUUAUCCAUUUAUCGUAGUUGUAAACGAUUCGGUAUUCCAGAUUCACAGAUUAUAUUGAUGAUUUCGGAUGAUAUGGCUUGUGAAUCACGUAAUCCAAGACCGGCUACAAUAUUCAAUAAUGGUCAACAUCAUAUCAAUGUUUAUGGUGAUGAUGUUGAAGUGGAUUAUCGUGGUUAUGAUGUUACUGUUGAAAAUCUAAUCCGUCUGCUCACCGGUCGUGUUCAUGAACAUACACCAAAAUCAAAACGUUUGCUUACGAAUUCUGGAUCAAAUAUUCUCAUUUAUAUGACUGGUCAUGGUGGUGAUGGUUUUUUGAAAUUUCAAGAUUCUGAAGAACUAACAUCCGUUGAAUUGGCCAAUGCAUUCGAACAAAUGUAUCAGAAACGUCGUUAUAAUGAAAUUUUAUUCAUUAUUGAUACAUGUCAAGCAGAAUCCAUGUCGGCAAAAUUCUAUUCACCCAAUAUCAUUGGUAUUGGUAGCUCAAAAAUUGGUGAAGAUUCCCUCUCACAUCAUGGUGAUUCUUCUAUUGGUGUCUAUGUUAUUGAUCGUUAUACAUAUUAUGUACUUGAAUUCCUUGAAAAACAAUAUCAACCAUCAAAUACGAAUAUAACAAUUUCAAAAUUUUUAAAAGUUUGUCCUAAAAAUCUAUGCAUCUCAACAGUCACUGCUCGUUUAGAUCUCUAUGGUCGUGAUCCAUCAAAAGUUCCAUUGAGAGAUUUUUUUGGCAAUGUUGCCACUAUCAAUGUGAUUAAUAUGGAUCUCGAGACUACUUGACCACCACACACACACACACUGACCAAUCUAACCAUAUAUUAUUUUUCUGUAAAAUUGAUGAAUAAAAUUUCUUGU